UAAUGUCUAGUCCGUCUCACGUUCCUCUCUGAUCAUACACAGUGUGUGUUUUACAUCUAGAACUACAAAAUGGAUUUUUACAGGACAAACAUUGUACCACGUAUGAGUUGCCUGGAAGAAUCUGCUGUCUGGUUAUGGAAGAACCGUAACUACUUGAUCAUCUACAUCACUCCUUUCCUGAUCCUCCCUCUGCCGUUGGUUUACCCUUCAUCGCAAGCAAAUUGUGGCUACGUUAUCAUCCUGAUGGCACUGUACUGGUGUACGGAGUGUAUACCGCUGGCAGUCACUGCACUGUUACCAGUCAUCCUUUUCCCAUUUCUGGGCAUCAUGAAGUCCGAAGAGGUGUGCGUGUUGUACCUGAAAGACACCAACAUGCUAUUCAUUGGUGGUUUGGUGGUGGCUAUAGCGGUAGAACACUGGAACUUACACAAGCGUAUCGCCCUUGGGGUCCUGCUCAUUGUGGGUGUUCGACCUGCUCUGUUGAUGUUAGGUUUUAUGAGUGUAACAGCGUUCCUCUCCAUGUGGAUCAGUAACACCGCUACCACUGCCAUGAUGCUGCCCAUCGCCCAGGCCGUGCUGAACCAGCUCAGUAAAACAGAAGCCGAGCGAGACGAAAGAGAGCUGAGAGAAGGCAGAGAAAACGAGGCAUUCGAGAUGAACGAAAUCACCAACAGCAAAAUUCCAAUAAGAAACAGAAUCCAACAUGUGAUCUCGUGUCCGGAGGACACCACAGAUUCUGUAGCAGAGUUUAAACGCAAGGCUCGGGAACAGAAGUAUCUCUGGCUGAACAAAGGGAUGAGUUUGAGUGUGUGCUACUCUGCCAGCAUCGGGGGCACAGCCACACUUACAGGCACAACACCAAACCUUAUCCUCAAAGGUCAGAUGGACAGCCUAUUCCCAGAUAACCCUAAUGUGAUCAACUUUGCCAGCUGGUUUGGCUUUGCGUUUCCCAACAUGUUGUUGAUGUUGCUUUUGGCCUGGGUCUGGCUGCAGUUCAUGUAUUUGGGUUUGAAUUUUAAGAAGACGUUUGGCUGUGGGUUGGAAAACGCAGGUGAUGAGGAGGCCUAUGAUGUGAUCAAGCAGGAAUUCAAGAAACUGGGCAGAAUAAAAUUUGGUGAAGGUGCCGUGCUUGCUAUUUUUGUGGUGUUGGUCGUGUUGUGGUUCAGCAGAGAGCCAGGAUUCAUGCCAGGUUGGGCUUCUUCGCUUAACGAAUUAGGACCGUUUGUCACAGAUGGCACGGUAGCCAUUCUUGUAUCCACCGUGUUCUUCCUCAUCCCAUCUGAAAUAGCAUGUUUGUGUGGUUCAGUGGAAGAUGAUCAUGAAGGAACAGUAGAAGGAGGAGACGCAGUGCAGCCGAGACAGAAGAAACCAAAAGCUCCUCCAGCUCUGCUGGAAUGGAAUGUGGUGCACAAACAGAUGCCGUGGAACAUUGUCCUGCUUCUGGGAGGUGGAUAUGCCCUGGCAACUGGCAGUGAGGUGUCUGGACUGUCAAAAUGGCUGGGUGAAAGUCUUGCCCCUCUUCAGAGCAUCCCACCAGCUGCCAUCUCGGUACUGCUCUGUCUGCUGGUGGGAACAUUCACAGAGUGCUCCAGCAACACGGCCACAACGACGCUCUUCCUCCCCAUUCUCGCUUCUAUGGCCACAACUAUAAAUCUCCAUCCUCUGUAUGUCAUGCUGCCCUGCACCAUCAGCGCCUCCAUGGCUUUCAUGCUGCCAGUGGCCACUCCACCCAACGCCAUCGCUUUCUCAUACGGCACUCUCAAAGUACUCGACAUGGCAAAGGCUGGCUUCAUGCUCAAUUUGAUCGGCAUCGCGUGCAUCAACUUGGCGAUUAACACGUGGGGAACACUUAUGUUCACACUCGACACCUUCCCCACAUGGAUCAACACCACCGCAGCUCCAACUCUAACACCUACAAUUCUAACACCUACAACUCUAACACCUACAACUGUAAUACUGUGAACAAAGCUUUCCAGAAGAGCGAAAGAACGACGAGGAGAGCGGCGGUGAGAAGAGAGCUACAAGAGAACGAAGAUGCAAGAUGCGUUUCCUAAUAAGCACUAAAGGGUGAAUGUAUUAAUGUAGCAAAACUCUCAGAAGCUGCUCCACUGGCCUGAGCAAUAUUGAACAAACGCACGGACGUGACCAACCCUCGAACUAUACGGUUACUUAUUCACUUUUUUUACACAUCAUAGGUGAUUGAUGAAGUAAUUAGAAGUUUGUGUUCAGUGUUUAAGUAGAAGAUAUUCAAGGCUUUUUAGACUAGAACAUCUAAUAUAUCUAAAUAUUUCAUUUUCGUAUAUAUAUAUAUGUAUGUAUUUUUGUACGUUUUCGGAAGGUCCAGGACGUGUAAAUUCAUGAAAUUUGUAAACAAAAGCAUCUCCGUAUCAAACUACGUGGAAAGAAGGAUAUUUGUGAUGCUUCACAUGCAAUAAGGCAGAAAGCUCCUGGAUGAAAGGGUGUAACGGAAAGUUUAAAGGUUAUCAGAGGAGGAGUCAUGUGAUGCUUCUGUCCCUCGCCAGACUAAUAAUACUGCAGUGUGUGAAGGAGAGGAAAUGUAGUGGAAAGCAUCCCGAAAAAAUGUGAAACAAUAAAUAAAUGCUUUUCAAAUGAAAUAAAGAA